AUGGCGAAGCGCAAGAGUCUGAAGGACAAUGAUAAUGAUGUCUCCAUGAGAGACGAGAACGAUAGCGGAAGCGACUCCGAUGUCGAGCUCGUAAAUGUCGAAUUCGAAUGGUUCGACCCCAAAGCAGAAGUUGACUUUCACGGCCUCAAGACAUUGUUGCGACAACUCCUCGACAACGAUGCGCAAUUAUUCGACAUGUCGGCGCUAGCCGAUCUGAUCCUUUCACAACCUUUGCUUGGUUCGACGGUCAAGGUGGAUGGCAUUGAGACGGAUCCAUAUGCGUUUCUGUCCGUCUUGAAUAUUAGUGAACAUAAGGAUAAACAAGUUAUCAAAGAUCUUACACAGUAUAUUGCGCAGAAAGCCAAGUCGAACCCAUCCCUCACACCUCUGGCGCAAUUACUCGUCAACACCGAGAAUCCACCCGCCAUCGGCCUGAUCUUGACAGAACGACUCAUCAACAUCCCCGCUGAAGUCGUGCCGCCAAUGUACUCCAUGCUGCAGGAAGAAAUCUCCUGGGCCUUGGAAGAGAAAGAACCCUACAACUUUACACACUACCUCAUACUCUCCAAAACCUACGAAGAAGUAGAAUCAAAACUGGAUGCGGAAGAAUCACGACCACAGAAAAAGAAAAAGAAAACCGGGGGAAGCAGUGAGAAGUUCUACUUUCACCCGGAAGAUGAAGUGCUUGAGAGACAUACGUUGUGUCAUGGCACGUUUGAGUAUACACAUAAACAGGCAGAGGGUGCGUCGGAUUCGAAAAGGGCGUUUCAGGACUUUGGGAUUAAGCCUGCGGGGAGUCUCAUGUUGAUUGAAGAAGGAAAGUUUGGAGAUGCGAUUAAAGCGAUUACGGAUUAUUUGAAGCCGCCAGUAUAA